GAGACACACUGUGGUUCUCUCUGGGAGAGCAACUGAGUAGCAGGAGCGUCCGCACAGUGAGGGAAAAGCAGCCCCGAGGUGUCACUACAGCUACAGAAAAUGGCAUUAAAGGGAACGCUGACAACUAGCCAACAGAAGGAAAAAGGUUGCACCUCUAAGUCACAGUGUUUGUCCAGAAGGGAAAGCUGACUGCCCGGCUUUACUCUGGAAUGAAAAUGUUUUGAAAACCAAGGAUUUCACACAUUAGAAUCAGAACCGUUAGGUGUUUUUUCAGGGAAAUAAACAUGUAUGUGGACAGCCAAAGCUGAAAGGACAGCAUGCUUGGAAGAUCUUUUUUUAAAAAGGGACCUCCUAAGCAUCAACAAAAGAUUUUAAAAUUACACGGUCAACUUGAGGCUUCUAGCACGUGUCCCUAAAGAGUGAGCAUUUUCCACUGAAGUAAAAGACACAGCAUAAAACUGUGGUUCACAAUCAGCUUCGACAGCAGAAACUUUACGUUGUCUCCAGUGACGCACCAGUAAUAAUGUUGUCAAAAGUGAUGCUGGGUGUCAUCCUGUCCCUCCUCAUCCUCCUGACUGUGGGUGGCAAUGUGCUGGUGUGUCUAGCUGUCUGCGCCUCACGACGCCUCCGCUGCCUUACUAACUGCUUCAUCGUGUCACUGGCUGUGACAGACCUCCUGCUCGGCCUCUUGGUCCUCCCGUUCUCCGCUCUCCUCCAGCUCAGUGACGAGUGGCCGUUUGGCCCAGUUUUCUGCAACUUCUACAUCUCCAUGGAUGUCAUGCUGUGCACGGCCUCUAUCCUAACGUUGCUCGCCAUUAGUGUGGACCGGUACCUGGCAGUGACCAUGCCUCUGAGAUACGCCUCUCUGGUGUUGCCAUGGAGAGUUACUGUAGCCUUGGUGAGUGUCUGGACAGUGUCAGUGGCUGUGUCUUUCUUGCCAAUUCAGAUGGGAUGGAACACUGUUAAUGGGACGGUGCAGAAUCACGGACCCUGGGCUACUGAGAGGAGAUGUCGUUUUGAGCUGAACAGGCCUUAUGUACUUACAGACUCUCUUCUCACCUUCUAUCUGCCUCUGUUGGCUAUGUGCUGGACCUAUCUUCAAAUUCUUCGCAUUGCUCGGGCACAGGCCAAGCGAAUUAUCAGUGCCCGACCUAUUUGCAUCACCAGCUAUAACUGCAGGAACAGCCCCUCCACAAGCACUACCCUGGUUUCUGGUGUGACAGCUGUGGCACUAAGAGACCACAAAGCCACACUGACACUGGCGGCUGUAAUUGGAGCUUUUGUUGUCUGUUGGUUGCCCUAUUUCAUAUUAUUCACAGUGCUAGGUCUCAAGGAGCAUCCAGACCCUGGCAUAGUACCAGAAUUUCCUAUUGUUUUGUGGUUGGGGUAUGCCAACUCAGCCCUCAACCCUCUCAUCUACGGAGCCUUAAACAAAGACUUCAGGUCAGCUUAUGCUCAUCUACUGAAAUGCGGUUUCCCUACAUACAAUGGCUGGAGAAGUCAACAAUCUUCUCCCACUUUUACAGCAGCCAGAAAGCAGCUCACAGAGGUGACAUUGCUGUGUGGUCACACCUCUGCCUCCUGUACAGAAGCAAUAACAUCUCAAAAUGUCAUGCUUCAGGACGUGAGCAGCAGAGGAGCUGCUGCAACCACUCAGUCUACAAAUGGCACAGCUACCACAGAUGUCAGUGGCAAUCAGGGUGAGCCAGUGCUGUGCUGAGCCCAUUGUACACCCCUGAUCCAGCAUCAGUCAGCCUGAGGAAAAAGCGCAACAGACAGACGAAGAUGGACAUAGACGCUACAACCCCCCACAUAUUCAGUGCCACAGCAGAACCAACCAUAAUGCCACAUAACAAAGCACCAAAGCAGAUCAAGAAUUCAGAAGGUGUUUUUUUUAAUCCAGCUCCUCACAUUGAAAAGAGAUUCUACAAAGUAUUGACUCUUCCAGUCUGAAUUAAAAUGUAAAGCAGAGUAUUCAGGAUUCAACAUCACUAAUUCUGAGAAAAGACAAGAGAACCCAAGACCUCAACAACUCCAGACCUCAUCAGUAAGAAUCAAUGUGUUCUCACAGCGGGAAAGCAAACAGAAAGUAUUGAAACUCUGCAGGAACAAAUGGCACCAGCCAAUUAGCUUGUGGAUCACCACAUUCAUUAACUAGUGGACAUUUUUCAUCCUGACUCCAGAGUGCACUCCAGUGGAAACAUGACGCACCGCAUCUCGAACUUGGAAAGAGUUUUUUGGAAAGAGAAAUUUAUCAAGAACUGCAAGUUCUAUGAAAAUCAGCCAAUAAGAGAGGAAAAGGGAUGAAGAGACUUUCAGUAAAUUGGCCCAUGAUUUAAAUGUGUAGCAUGCAAUGUGUGUAAAGUGUUCAUUUUGUGAAAUUAUAACCAACACUCACACAUUCUUGUUCCUACUGUUGUCCAAAGUUGACAAAUGUAUGUAUUGAAUUGAAAUAUAAACACUACAAGUGAAAAAAAAAAA